UUCGUUUAAUUUGCAUGGCCGACGCCGGAGAAUUGGUGGUGUUGGCUCCUCGGCGGAAGCGGGGCGGCAACAGGCAGGAGCAGCCGGACUCGGUGGCUCCGUGCGGCGCCUGCAAGUUUCUCAGAAGAAAGUGCGUCAACGGCUGCAUCUUCGCGCCACAUUUCGGGUCCGACCAGGGCGCCGCCCGCUUCGCCGCCGUCCAUAAGGUCUUCGGCGCCAGUAACGUCUCCAAGCUGCUGCUGCAUAUUCCGGUCACCCGCCGCCACGACGCCGUCGUCACCAUUUCCUAUGAGGCUCAGGCCAGGCUCUCCGACCCCGUCUACGGCUGCGUCUCCACUGUACUCGCCCUACAGCAACAGGUGGCAUCUCUGCAGGCAGAGCUUGCGGCGGUUCAAACUCAAUUGAUAAACAGCAGGUUGGCAUUUGCAACUGCAAUUCAAAACUCACAGCCACCCCAAGUCGGAGUUCUGCAGCCUGCUUACUCUAACAACUCCUCCGUCUCUGUCUCCGCCUCCGCCUCCACCUCCGCUCAUAACGCGAUCAAUUUGAGUAGUUUCACUUCCAACUACGACCUUCCGACCGAGACUGCCCCAUCUUCCCAUCAGUUGGAGCCUCUUCACCUCCCCCACCGGUCAAUCGAAGAGGAGGAAGACGAGGAAAACAGCCAGUUGCCCACCAUCUUCACCGUCCCCGACGAGCUUCUCCGCCGAAGAUGAGAAUCAACUUGGAGAAGAAUAACAUUGAAGUGGCUUUCCAUAAGUUCAUGUCCUGAUCUAUGAGACAGAAUCAAAUCAAUGUAGGAGGAAAAGAAACCCAAUGGAGUCAAGUUUUGAAAUUGAUGUUCAACUUUAAAUGUAGGUGUGCAAGUUGAAAUUAA